AUGUAUAUUAAAUAUUCAAGUUCCAUCGUCCUGGACGAAACUACGUAUCCUUUCGUCGCUUUUUUAAUUGCAGAUAAGGAUAACGAAUUUAUAUGCGGGGGAGCGAUUGCCAGCGCAUUUUUUGUUCUGACGACUGCAGAAUGUUUAAUAGAAAAGUGGUCUAAUUCCGUGGAACUUUUGAGCAUUUAUCGAUAUUAUGUAGGGGCUGGCGACAAUACUGUGGCAAAAGAUAAUCCAGGAAACACUCAAGAGCGCCGAAUCGAACUAUUCAUUAUUCAUCCUGAUUUUACACGAAAGUCCGAAAUGCACAACAUAGGUUUGAUAAAACUGCGAAGGCCCUUCGAUUUGGGCACGAGAAUGGCGAGUGCGGCCAUGCUGCCUUCGUAUCUCUGUGAAGGACCAGAUCCUAUAUGGGAGAUGUACCCUACAUGUAUUCUGGUCGACUGGGGGUCAGAAGGGAUCUCAGAUUCGAGACCUCUACGGCAUAGAAUUGUACCGCUGUUGAAUUUGUCGGUUUGCGAAGCCAUGCACAAAAAUCUGGACUUGGCUUUGGAUGAGAAUUUUCACAUCUGUACCAGGGAUCCCAUGCUGGUGGAAGCUUCCUGCAGCACGGAUGGAGGGAGCUUACUACUUUGUGGACCCAGAGACAGGUUCAGACUUCAUGGUUUGAUGCAUAGAAGAGGUUCAGGAUGCGGUCCGUAUCCUGAUCCUGAGAUUUAUACGAAAAUCUUGCCCUAUCGUCCUUGGCUGGAUGAGACGGUGGAGAAGGUCUACAAAGGUUCCGUCCAGAAAUUCCAUCAGACGAGAUCAGCUCUCAAUCGAGGAAGUCGGCUUUGCGAAAUGGUUGAAUAA